AUGCAGUCAACUAUGGAGUCAGAUCGGACCUGGGAUAAACGCAUAUCUGACAUCGAGUGCCAUUUGAAUAAUGCUUAUAACAAAACAAUAGGUGAUACACCUUUUCAGGUGUUAUAUGGAUAUUAUCCAAGUUUUAGGGACGGAGUGUUGCAGCAUGUGACUACAAACGAGGUAUGGGACUCUGCAGUAGAGAUUCAAAACAAAAUCCGAGAACGCAUAUCUAGAAAACAUCAGCAAUGGAAGCAACGGUACGAUUCUAAGCAUGUCAAGCCAACAGGUUAUGAGGUUGGAGAAGUGGUGUUCAUAUGCAGACCACCAGAAGCCACAGGGGAGUCAACAAAAUUGCAGUUCAAAUACCGUGGCCCACUGGUAGUGACUGAGGUAUUACGUAAUGAUGUGUAUCGAGUGGCAGGGCUACGUGUCGCGGCGGGAAAACGUUAUGUGACUGUCGUUCACGUUUCACAUAUUAAGGGAUAUCAUCUACCAGCAAAUGAGGAACCAAACGAAGACUCAACAAUAAUGGGGCAUGAUGAAGAAGACAUGAAGCAUGAUGAAGAAGACAGACCACGAGAUUUACCCAAUACCGAAAAGAUAGAAUCAAGGCAGUCAGAAGUAAAAGACAAACAAUCCAAACGUGUAAAGAAAACACCAGCUUGGCAUUCAUCAUAA